AUGUUCUAUCAUAUUCCGCUGGAUCACGAAAUAUGUCUUCAUCCUAAAUAUUUUGGUCCUGAUUUGGUAGAGACUGUGAAAAGGAAAUUAUUCAAUGAAGUCGAAGGUACUUGUACUGGUAAAUAUGGAUUCGUUGUUGCGGUAACUACCAUCGAUAAUAUUGGUUCAGGACUCAUUCAACCAGGACGUGGUUUUGUAUUAUACCCUGUGAAGUACAAAGCUAUUGUGUUCAGGCCAUUUAAAGGGCAGGUUGUUGAUGCUGUCGUGAAUCAAGUGAAUAAGGUUGGAUUGUUCUGUGAUAUUGGACCUUUGUCAUGCUUUGUGAGUCGUCAUUGUAUUCCACCAGAUAUGGAAUUUGAACCAAAUUCAAAUCCUCCGUGCUAUAAAACAGCAGAUGAAAGUGUAGUUAUUAAACAAGACGAUGAGAUUCGGGUGAAAUUAAUUGGAACACGAGUCGAUGCUUCAGACAUUUUUGCUAUUGGCACGCUUAUGGAUGAUUAUCUUGGCCUUUCAGCUAAUGAAUGA